UCCAGCUCUCGGGAUAGCAUAUUCACCAAGCGUGCGCUUGAAUGUGUCUUGGCGCGCAAUCCUGCCCCGUUGCAGGAUUUCUCCGCCCAUCGCGACUUUUCCGGAGGGAAUAUAGCUUUUUUGACCCGAGUGGCAGAAUGGAAGAGCUCGCUGCCCCAUGCGGUCUGGGAUAGCAGGAUUUCAGACUAUGGAGAUCUUACCGAUUUGAUUCGGGGGCAGUUUCACCGCGCGCUGUGUAUUUACACGACCUUCAUCAGUGAUCGCCAUGCGCAGUUACCGAUCAACAUCUCUUCGCAGGAACGGAAGGAGCUGGAGAACGUCUUUGAGGGCCCUGCUGGGCUUCUCUUCGGAGACGGGCGCCCGGCCAAUCCCGCCGUUCCGUUCGAUUCGCCAGGCUAUGGCCCCACGCCCUCAGCGUGUCCGAUCGCCUCCAUCAAGGCCGAGUCCGGUUCGCUAUUCGCCGACAAUGGCCAGGUGAAAUACUGGGGCGAGGUUCCCCAAACAUUCAAUGCGACGGUCUUUGACCGAGCCGAGGAGAGCAUCAAGGAUCUCGUCCUCACCAACACGUGGCCGAAGUUUGUUCGAAGCCGCGGGAUCGCAGCUGAGGUUGAUUUGCUGACGGGGAGCGAGAGUCCUGCGUAG